AUGGAUCCUCUUCAAGACCAACCAGCACCAAGAAACCUAGACAAAGUUGAAGAGAUUCUUGGAUACAACUUCAAGAAUAAAUGUUUAUUGGAAGAAGCUUUCACACAUUCAUCUUAUUAUUAUACUAAAGAUAAUAAUUACAAGGAAGCUGAAAUAGAAUGCUUCUCAUUUGAGCGUCUAGCGCACCUGGAAGACGCUGUACUUAAUUUGUUGGUCACCAAGGAGCAGUUCUUCAUGUAUUCAGAUUUUUCUUCGGGUCAGUUGACCCGGCUCCAAGCCGCCAAUGUUGACACCGAGAAGCUUGCACGUGUGGCUGUUGAGCAUGGGCUACAUUGUUACCUGUGCCGCAAGAAACCUCUUCUUGAAGAACGUAUGAAAAUUUGGGGCCGGCUCUAA